UACGAGAUCAACCAAACCUGCAGUGAUGAGGAAGCUUUUCCCGCUAGACACACAAUAAUGGCUACUUCCCAGUUGCCCUGUUGUUCGAGUCUACGAGUCGAAACUGGAGUUUUAACGACGUUUCCGUCUUUGCUUUGAUACAUCUGUUACUCCAGUUGUCAGUGGCAUUGGUGCUCAUCCAGAAUGCAUUGCCAGAGGCGUCUGUGUUCAUCUGACAGACCGAUAUAACCAUUACCUCCACUCCUUCUAGCCCAAACCAGAGCAACCAAACAGGAAGGUUCUCCUCUGAGUGAACUUGAUUAUCAUCUGACUGCAGUUAUGGCUGGUUCUGGUGACUUACCAGCCAUCGAGGGUUGUGGGAUGGGCGGGAUGAAACUUCCAGUUGGAAUGACUCGACGGGCCCUCAGCUAUGACGAUAAUCUGGAGGCCCCCAUGUCCACACCGCCCCACGACAUCAGCAUCAACAACCUGUGGAGGCGGCCCAUAAUACCGGAGAGGAAGUUCUCACAGCUGGCUGAGGAGGAUGAAGGUGGUCCAGCCAAACAGGCUGCAGUGCAGGACGGUGCCCUCUUCAAGGCACCAGCUGUGGUGAAAACUAAGGCUUCAUCCAUCAUCAUGAAUUCUCUCAUCACCAAGCAAACUCAGGAAAGUAUGUACAAGUUUGAGCAGACAGCAGGACUCACCGACACCAGUUACACUCCACACAAAGGUCUGACAGCUGAGGAGACAAGACACCACCACCGCAUGCCUGAGUCCCUCCAGAAACUGCACAUCCAAAGCCUGGAGGCCAGAGAAGAAAAGAGCUCCUCUGCCCAGUCGACUCCAUCAAACACGCCCCACAGCUCGCCUAAACUACAACGCAGGGGCUGGUUCGGCAGUACGAGCUCAGAGAUCAGCAUCAGCUCCUCUAACAGCAGCGUGGACAUGGGAGGAGGAGGAGGAGUUCCUGGAGAGCCAGUGGCGGGUGGUGCGGUUGAACGCUGGGGCGUGUUUGGGCCACGGCUGCCUGUCCAGAGUUCAACCCCUGAUUUGGGAUCAGACGGUUCUGCUGCAGCAGGCUUUGCCAUUCAGGCGUACCGUGGAGCCCAGAAACCGACCCCCAUGGAGGUGAUGAAGUCGCAGGCUACACGACUGGCUGACAACCCCCAGAGGGUGUCCCCGCCCAAAAUGGAGAUCCCCACGGUGGAGGGUCGGCGGCAGGGAGCGCGGCCACACAAGCUCAAACCCCGAGACAUGAACAUCCUGACACCCUCUGGCUUCUGAGACGAUGACCUUCAAAGCUGCAAAGGUCCCAUGAAAUGGAAAAAGCUCCCGGUGUCCUGGCCAGGGUCCUUCAUCUUACUGUCCAGUCCUUUAACGUUCAGGUUAAACUGUCUUCUCAACUUACAUCCACGUGAACAUCUCAGUUUGACCUUUCUCCAAAGAGAACGUUUGUUACAGCUUGUGCUCAUUUCAUGUUUAGGUUUACGUAAAAUAAACUCUAGUCAGACUGAAGGGGCUUAUAAACAGCCCCCUGGGUUAGAUUUAUUUAUUUAGAAGCAAAACAAACUAAAUUUAGUGAAAUCCACAAGAGUCUGUAACUUGCUGUGUGAACUGGGACCAAAAAUUAAACUGUAUGUCAAACAAGUGUUUAGCUAAACCCCAGCUAAAGGUUUUUCUGGACAAAGCACUAAAGUUCAGACCAUUCGGCAGCUCAAACUGGGUUUUAUGUUAGAAAUCAGCUAAUGAUGCAUCUCUGUCUUCCCGCAGCUGUUCUUGCAGCACUUCUGUUAUCGCAUUUGUUCAUAUAAUUAUUAAACGCGUUGACUAUU